AUGGGUAUUCAAUCUCUUCUUCAAACUUUAAAAUCCAUACAAACCACAAUUUCAAUAUCAAAAUAUGCAGGGAAUACGGUAGGAGUGGACGCAUAUUGUUGGUUACAUAAAGGAAUUCAUAGUUGUUUAUUUGAAUUAGUUUGGAAUAAACCGACUACAAAAUAUGUAGAGUUCUGUAUGAGACGAGUCAGAAUGUUGAAAGAAUUUAAUGUUCAACCGUUUAUAGUUUUUGACGGAGGAUAUUUGCCGGCCAAAAAUAAUACCGAACUGAUGCGUGAACGAAAGCGACAAGAAUACCGAAGGAUUGGACAAGAACUUUAUAAAAAAGGUCGGUUUCACGAAUCUUUUCAAUUCUUCAAGAAAAGUAUUGGUGCUUUACGCGCAGAAAAUGUAGCAUACGUUGUUGCACCUUAUGAAGCUGAUGCACAACUGGCUUAUCUUGAGAAAAAGAAAUACAUAGCAGCCAUCAUAACAGAAGAUUCGGAUUUACUAGUUUUUGGCUGUAGAACUGUAAUAUACAAAUUGGAACCCAAUGGGGAAGGAAUAGAAAUAUGUCGGGAUAAAUUUGGAGACGUACAAGAGAUUAAUCUGCUUGGUUGGAUGGAUAAAAGUUUUCGACACAUGUCAAUGUUAGCGGGUUGUGAUUAUUUGCCUUCGAUAACCGGUAUCGGUCUCAGAUCUGCGCACAAAUAUCUAAAGAAAUAUAAAACCGUAGAAAAGGUAAUACAAUAUUUGAAGAAUAAUAAUAAAAUAAAGGUGCCACCAAACUAUGAAAAUGAUUUUAAAAAAGCAGAAUUAGCAUUCUUGUAUCAACGCGUGUUUGACAUUGAAACUGAACGUUUAAUCACUCUGAAUCCUAUACCUAAAGAUUUGAACAUUUCACCUAAUACAGAUUAUAUUGGACCAAAUAUAGAUGAAAAUAUCGCUUUAGGUAUUGCGAUUGGUGAUAUCAAUCCAAUAACCAUGAAACCAAUGAUACAAGUUGGAAAAGAAGUGGCUAAAGUGAGGGGCUCAUCACCAUUUAAAAAUGACUGCAGUGAAAAAGGCUCAUCUUCAUUGAAUGAAAAUGACCCUUUCACUUGUAAUCCAUUUAGUUCAAAUUAUAAUUAUUCAGGUGCAAAUCUAGUAAAUCUUCCUUUAUUCGAAAAACCGCGCAAAAUCAGAAGUCUAUGCAAAAAGGUGCGCGGGCGAGGUUCAAUAUCAACGGCAAACAAAAAACGGAGAUUAUGUUCUAACACGGAUGAUAAAAGUACUCCGAGCCCAAAAAGUUAUUAUCAAAAUCAUGAAAAAAGAUUUGAAAUGGAAUUAGACAAACUCCGUGUUUUAAUUAGAUGCGAAGAUACAUUUUCAACAAUUAAUUUGGACAGGAUGAUACAAUCGGAUCAAUAUAAUCAUAUUGGAUUGACAGAAUGCGAACGACUCGUUGCCGAAGGGUGGAGAAACCAAUAUUUAAGAAAACGUAAAUGGGACAAAUCUUGUUUUGAUUAA